AUGACAACUAAUGAAGUAUCUCUGCUAAAUAUACCGAUACCUCAAUAUCCUAAAUUCCCUUUAAGAUCCUCUCUUAUAAAUAAGGAUCCUGUAAUAUGGGUGCAUCUCUUAGAAGGAUAUAUUAAGCUCUUCGAAUUUUUGGUUGAUUCAGAACAUUGUUUAAAAAGCUUGGAAGUCAAAUCACAGCAGCAGCUACAGCAGUUCUUAAAAGUAUAUUUAGAGGAAGUAUCCGAGGAACCUAGCAGAACGAUUUCCUUGGGAUCGGUGAAUCCCCAGAUCACCUCCAAUUCAGUUGUUUUAAGAGCUUAUGUUUUCCAAUUCAUCAAGUCUUUUAGCGUCAUAAGGGCAAACUUGACAGCAAAAUCUCUAUGGGACUUUAUUAAAAUAUAUGUCGAAAAGAACUCCACAAUUGUUCGUGGCUUGAUCGAUGGGUCGUUUAAAUCUAAGUUUAACGAUAACAAAAAGUCAGGUAAGAUAAGCUCUAUCGACUCUGUUCAAAGACACCUAAUCGAUUUAUUAGAGAAUCAGAAGAUCUCGAUUCAGGACUUGAAUACACUUUAUAUAUUAUUGGGCCAACAUAUAAGUCCUCAAAAAGCUACCAAGAUAAGUAUAGAUAGAAAUGGGAUAAAUCUGUCUGAUGCUAAAAUUGUGAAUAAAAAGCUGAAUGCUUCGCUGUUUGCUGAGUCUUUCGUUUCCAAUCGUUACAUUGAGGCUUUAGAAACACUUUAUGACGGAAGCAGAGGCUUGAAAGCAAAAUGCAUAGAAAAAAUCAUGAUUACUUCAAUAAUUUCAUUGUCAACUUCAAAGGUUGCUAAGUUAGCGACUUCAUUGGACAUAGAUAACGCAGAAUCUUUAAAGAAAUGUCCCUUAUUUAGCUCAAUAAUAUUGUCUUCGUCAUAUAAGAAACUAUUACCUGGUCUUGAAGAACGUUUACCGUUUUUGAAAAGUAUAUCUUUCUCAGAUAAGGCUCCCUCAGCAAUUGAUGAAACCCAUAUAGCCACGCUUUGCGAGUUGUUCCCUCAAUUGACAAGAGGACAAGCGCAGUCUGUGUUGAGAGAGAAUGACGAUGAUGUGGAGCAUGUGACAAAUAUGUUGUUGAGUGAUUUCGAUUUGAUUUCUUCAAUUCCUGAUGAAGGUCAAGUUGAAUCGCAAUUCAAUGAAAAAUCUCCCACAAAAAGCCUUGACUUGACACCUUUAGAAACGGAAAGAUUUGCUCGGAAUGCUGGACGAGAGACUAUUUUAGUAGGCAAAAAGAAAACCUCUUUAGAUGAAGUGACUGAGGAUUUCAAAAAACUGACUUUGUCGGCGGCAUUAAGGUUGAUAUAUGAUAGCGAUGACGACGAGCCAGACGAUACAUAUGACGAUCAAGAAAAUACAACUGGCGUUGAUGAAAUGAUUGAGGAUGACGACGAUAUAAAUGCGACUAAUCAAAGAGCUUCAUCUCAAGUUAAAUCGGCAAAACAAGGUAUAUCCGGUUUAAGACACACGUUUACUGCCUCUGAAUGGGCUCUCUUUGACAUAUUUAAAACCAAGGGUGCUUCUCAAUUUGAUAAAACCAAGAGAAAGUCAAAAGAACGGAAAGAAUUGAAAGAAAUUACGAAUUGGUCGGAUGAACAAAUAGAAGGUUGGUUUAAAAUGUUGAUGAAGUCCCCAAGAAGGUUUAGGGCACUUGAAGAAGAAUUUUUGUACACUGGAAAUCCAAAUAGAAACCCCUCGAAAGAUCGAAAUCCUAUCAAUACAAAUGAAGAGAAGAAGGAUAUUGCCGAUGAAGAGCAAAACGACAAAACUAGUACAUCAAAUCAAAAUUCAUCAAAAGAUCAUCAUCCCAGGCAUGCACAUAAUAGAAACGGUAAAAACAAGAAAAGCAACAAUAAAAAGGCUCUGAAGAUGAAUGAUUCAAGAUUCAACUAG